CUCUCGUGCAUUUAUUCAAACACAGACAAAACAAGACGAAACCAACCCAAGAAAAGCUUGAUUAAUAAUUGAGCACAAGCAAAAGAAGAAGAUUUAGAGAAAGAACAGAAAGAAAAACCUCCAUGGAAGGCUUGAUUCCUUACCUUCUUCACGCGCUAAAAAAAGAUAAGCCAAAAAAUUACUACAGAAGCUACUCCGACACCUCGAACAGAAGCUACCACCGGCUUUCAAGCGAAUCUAUUCAUAAUAAUUUGGCGGAAGGCUCGUCUCACCGCCGUACUCGAUCAGAGUUUCAGCCACCUCCGGCUCUGGAUUUCUUGGAACAGAGGUCGCAUAGCUACAACAACAGAGGUUUUCCUUCGCCGGCUUCAAUGGCCGGAACCAGUGACCGGAAUGUUGCCGUGGACGAUAGUAAGGGCUCUUAUCCUAGUUUCCAAACCUAUAAUAUGGGGGUUGAUGGUUCUUCUGGUAUGCGAAGGAAGAAAAUCAAUCAUGUUUCUAAGUGAAAUCUAUACUAUAUAUGUGUAAAUCAUCAAAUUGAUUUGAUUUUUAUGUGUAAUUAUGUAAGUUAGUUUCUUUUAUUUAAUUCUUUGGUUGAGAUAAGUGUUGUGGCUGUUGUUGAAUUAAGAAGUGUGGGGUUCAUUGAAGUAAUGAAGUUUCACUUGCAAUUAAUUUGUAAUCAACAUGAAGUUUAUUAGAAAUGUGUGUGAAGAUUCGAAUGUAAUAAUAGAGGUUUGUUUAUAA